AUGGCAACCAUGGCGCGCAAGUGUUCGCGCGCGCGCUACUACUCGCCCGAGGAGUUGCGCGAGGAGUAUGUGCGAGCUGUAUUCGAGAGCUGCGACUUUGGCGACACCGAGGAGGUGACCACGCUGUACUACAUUGCCAAGGGCAUGGUGAAGGGACGGCGCGCUGCGGCCAAAAAGCGCCUGGCGCUCAAGUGA